GCAAAGCCCUAACCGACCAAAUUACUACUAUUGAUAAAAAAAGAUUAGGAAAAAAGAUAGCCACAGCCGAUGAGAAAAUUAUGGAAAAAAUUGAAAAGGCUUUGCAUUUGACUUUGGAUUUAAAAAGUUAA